CACACACACACGAACACCAUUCUUCUUCUCGAGUCGGAACUGGAGAAGAAAGGGCCAUAGAUUUCUUCAUUAAACGGAGAAAAAUCGCCGAUGGCGUUGUCGUCGCCGCCGGCGAAGGGCGUGGUGAUCACGGUGCCGGUGCUAAUACUGGCUGCCUCGGUGGCUGCAAUCUUCUUCUUCUUCCUGUUGUCCUCUCUCUCCUCCUGCGAUUGCCCGCUGGCAGCUACUUCCGGCGUCCCCGUUCCCGACCGCGCCGGAGAAAGUUUUGCCGCGCCGGUGACCGAGCGGAUAUGGGCGACGAAGGAGGACGUGGAGUGGGUGAGGGAUCAGAUCCGCGUCAAUGGGCUGCAUAUGCAGGACAAUGUACUCCGUAAGGGCAUUAACCCACGCACUAGAGCUCAGCAACUUCAAGAUCUCUUACAAUUCAAGGGAAUUUCCCACUAUGAAGGACCCGAAUCAGACAAUCACACUGCCCUCCCAUGCCCUGGCGAGCUCCUUGUUGAAGAGCACCACAGCAACUAUGGCGAGCCCUGGGCAGGAGGACGGGACGUGUUUGAGUUUCUUGCUGAGUCAACGCACCUGAGGCCCAACUCUUGCGUUCUGGAGAUUGGAUGCGGCACCCUUCGAGUUGGUUUGCAUUUUAUCCGCUAUCUCAAUCCUGAACACUUCCACUGUCUUGAAAGAGACGAGCUCUCGUUGAUGGCUGCUUUCAGGUAUGAGCUUCCUUCGCAAGGCCUACUGCACAAGCGUCCUCUUAUUGUGAGAGGUGAAGAAAUGGACUUCAAUAAGUUUGGUACAGAAGUUGUCUAUGAUUUGAUCUAUGCUAGUGCCGUGUUUCUCCAUAUGCCUGAUAAGCUUGUGUGGGUUGGACUAGAGAGAUUAGCAAGUAAACUGAAACCCAUUGAUGGGCGAAUCUUUGUGUCGCAUAAUACUAAGUUCUGCUCACGGUUAGGUGGAGAUGAGUGCACUAAGAGGCUCAAAAGUUUGGGCCUUGAGUAUCUCGGAAAGCAUACACAUGAUAGCUUGCUUUUCAAUCACUAUGAGAUCUGGUUCGAGUUUAGGCGGUUUAAAACCUAGGAUUUUGAUGGUUUAUUACUUUUGGUUUUGGCAUUCCUCAAUAGAAAGACCAGAUUGAAGCUGCAGGUGGAUGCUCUUGUUGCAUUGAGAAGAGAUUUUUAAAGUCUGUGUCUGACACCUCUUGUUGAUAAUUGUAUUUGAAAGAGAAGCAGCGGAUAAUAUUUGACGGGGAAUUUUCUUGGUACAUCAGUAGUUUAUGUAGAAAGCUGAGCCAUGCUUUCUAUUUUGUCUGUAUGUUCGUCUAGGGAAGGGAACUUGUAAGCUUCCGAUCUUUCAACUCUGAAUGCAAAUCUAUAAUCAUUUAAUUAUAUGUACUGUCACGUUAUUUAAUCACUAUACUGAGUUUGAGAUACUAGCUAUAACAGCUGUAGUAUUUGCAUUCACUUCAUUGACUAAAUACU